AUGGAACAAUUUAUAGCACCGAGAGUCAACAAAAAGUACCUGACCAAAUUUUAUAACAAAAAUGUUCGAGUAGUGGGCAAGGUUUUAAAAAAGGAGGGAGACGAACUUACCCUGCAAACAUGUGAUAAUGAAGAAAUAAAAUGCAUUUUAAAUGAAAACCAAAUGGAUGAUAAGUUAGAGCAAUAUGUAGAAGUUCUAGGAAAGGUGAAUGAAGAUGACACCUUAAGUGAUAUCGUGUACGUACAGAACGGCGGUAACUCUUUAAAUUUAAAUGAAAUAAAUAAUUUAAUAAACAUAACUUUCCUCGAAGAAUUUGGGGAAAUUUUUUAA